AUGAGCUCCACCAUCACGAAAUGCAGCUCCGAUAUCAACCGCAGCCCCUCGGAAACGGAAACCGACAUGAUGGAAGACAAACAUGAGCCGCGGGCAUCAUUCCUCAGCCUGCCGAUAGAAAUUCACCUUCAAAUCUCCAAACUCCUGAUAUAUCCCGAUGCGCUCUCCCUCAAAUACACCAAUCGGUAUUUCCACAGCUUCGUCGACACCGACGUCGACCUCAAGGUGGAGUGGCUCAUUGAGCGCCGCCGUCUUCAUCUAGAAUGUCCGAACAACGGGCGCUGUGAUUUGGGCACGGAUUUGCGAUUCUGCAGAGGCAGCGUAGCGCUACUCAUGAAACGCCGGCGAGAGCACAUUGAGUGCGAAUCACGGCCUGGCUUGGGAUGCAUCAUCUACGGAACUCCCACUUGUCCCAGUCGCCGACGAGGCAUGAAGGCAUGGCAGCGCUGGCUUGAAACCAAGUUUACCAUUGAGCUGCGCCAGCGCGUCUCCCUCAAACCAAACAGCGUCCCGAAUCGCAUAACCCAUAAAAAGCAAAACGGCCAGCAACCUGUACUGGAAUUUUCCGUCUCUACUCCAUUUGAAAAUAGGCAGAAAGUGAAGAAAACCAUCCGUUCUGUGAGCUAG